AAGAAGAAGAAGAAUCAUCAUCGUGCCGCUGGACUUCAACUGGUUUUAUUUUCCCGUUGAGCAGCAGAAAGUAGCAGUUUGCGAUGUCCAAAAUAAACCUUUUCAGAUCGUUCGUCAUCGAGCGACUAACGGCGGCAGCUGAGGAGAUAUUAGGAGCCUUCGAGAGCACGAUGGAGGAGCAGGAGGAGGAGAUAGCUCGACAGAGGAGACUGCUGGAUACUGUCCUGAAGCCCAGCGUUACCUUACACAGAAUAGACUUUGUGCAGUUAUCUGAUCAGCAGCAUUGUGAGCAGGAGAGGAGCCCCAGUCUGGUCAAGGAAGAACAACAGGAACUCUGGAUCAGUCCACAGGAAGACCAAGUUCAAUUGAAGGAGGUAGCUGAUAGGACCACCCCUGAGUCCAAAUUUACCCCUCUUUGUUAUGGAAAUGAUGAUAGUAAAGAUCAGCCUCUGCCCUUGCAACUCUACCAAACACAGACAGAGGGAGACACAGAGCCCCCAGCUGUCAUCUCAUUUGAAGUGACACAACCGGAUGCCAAAGAAGACAACUUUUUAAUAUCAGAACCAACAAGUGACCACCAUACCCUCUCUAACUGCCGUCAUGUAACUAAGAGUGAAGCUGACCGUAGUGGGAGUAGCCAAAACUGUGAGGAAGUGGGUUCAACUCGUAAAGCAAGGCUAAAAUCUCACAAAAAGCCCUACAACAGAUGCAAGAUUUGUGGGAAAGUGCUUUAUAAUUCAGAAAUUUUCAAAAUUCACAUGACAUUUCACACAAAGGAAAGGCCUUACAAAUGCACCACUUGUGGGAACGAUUUUACCUGUAAGUCUGACAUGGAGAAGCAUACAAGGGCUCAUACAGGAGAGAAGCCAUUCAUAUGCACCACGUGCGGGAAAAUGUUUACGCGGAAGUCAAGUUUACAAACGCACAUAAGGACUCAUACAGGGGAGAAGCCAUUCAGAUGCACCACGUGCGGGAAAAUGUUUACCCACAAGUCAAAUUUUCAAACACACGUAAGGACUCAUACAGGGGAGAAGGCAUUCCGAUGCACCACAUGCGGGAAAAUGUUUACCCGGAAGUCAAGUUUACAAACGCAUGUAAGGACUCAUACAGGGGAGAAGCCAUUCAGAUGCACCACAUGCGGGAAAAUGUUUGCCCAGAAGUCAAGUUUUAAAUCGCACGUAAGGACUCAUACAGGGGAGAGGCCAUUCAGAUGCACCACAUGCGGGAAAAUGUUUGCCCAAAAGUUAAGUUUACAAUCGCACGUAAGGACUCAUACAGGGGAGAGGCCAUUCACAUGCACCACGUGCGGGAAAAUGUUUGCCAACAAGUCAAAUUUUAGAAGGCACGUAAGGACUCAUACGGGGGAGAAGCCAGGUGCUGCGACUGUGGAAAAGGGUUCAGCUCAAAAUGGUGUCUCAAACAACAAGUCAUGACCCACACAGGCCCCAGUGGAAGUCAGAACUGAACACUUACAGGGUGGAAGCAGCCUGGAAUAGAAACUUGGUAAAUGGGACCUUCUGGAAGAUUAUCUGACUUCAGUUGACCAUGUCCUUGUCCAUGGGAUGUCAAUGAGGGAAGCUGGGCAAAGAAUGCAGCUGAAUCUGAGCCGCUUCAUAGUAGCCUCUAUAAUCCGGACCUUCAGAGAGGACAACAGAACUGAGAGACAACCGCCUAAUGGAGGCAGAAGACGGCUUUUUCAGAAGAGCAAGAGAUGGAAAUCAGCAAUAUGGUCAUAGCCAACAAUAUCAUUCGCUUUCAUGAGAUGCAAAAGAGAGUCAUUGAGGAUCGGGGAAUAUUCCAAGGCAUUGAUGCAGGCAGCAGCUCAACAAUUGACCGCAUUCUUCGAUGGAACAGGUUGAGGAUGAAACAGGCCUAUCGUGUUCCUUUUGAAAGGAACUCCGACAGAGUCAAAGACCAGCACUUGGAAUGUGUGCAAAGAAUCUUUGAUAUUGAUGCCAGAGACACUCCUCAUGAACUCAUCUUUGUUGAUGAAGCAGGAUUUAAUCUUACUGAAAGGAGGAGAAGGGGGAGAAACAUAACUGGCCACCGGGCCAUUAUGAAUGUCCCUGGCCAGCGAGGAGGGAAUGUGACCAUGUGUGCCGCCAUCAGCCACCGAGUGGUCCUCCACCGCCAUGCCACCCUUGGUCCAUACAACACCAUACAUCUGCUGGCUUUCCUCGAUUGUCUGCGAGAUCACGUAUACCGACUCCACCAGAGGGAGCCAGCACAACCACAGCAGCCAUGCUACGUUGUCAUUUGGGACACUCAGUUUCCACCGGGCUGCUCUAGUUCAUGACUGGUUCAUGAACAACACAAGAUUCAGCAACAUCUUUCUACCUGCAUAUUCUCUUUUCCUAAACCCCAUAGAGGAGUUUUUUUUUUCGGCAUGGCGGUGGAAGGUCUAUGACCGAGACCCCUGCAUCCGUAUUCACCUCCUCCGAGCCAUGGAGGAGGCUUGUUAGAUAUUACGGUUGAGGCUUGCCAGGUGUGGAUAAGGCAUACAAGGGUAUUUUUCCCCCUGCUGCCUGGCUAGGACUAAUAUUGCCUGUGAUGUUGAUGAGAAUCUCUGGCCUGACCCAGACCAGAGAUGGGAUGCUGAGGCAGAAUAAAUGUGAUUUCUUUCUUUAUGUACAAACUGUUUUUUUUUCUCCAUUGGUUUAUAUUGGUAAAUACAUCGAAAUUAUUUUACUGUAUUCAACAUUCUUUAUCAGUUGCAUAUUUUUACAGUACAUUUACUUUUUCACUCAAUUUCAGUUUAUUUUACUACAGCACAUUGAAGAAUUAAA